UUGUGUGAACCCCAAUUUUCUUCUUCUCUGCAUUUGGUGCAUGGCUUAAAACAGCAUCAUGUUGCUUCAGUCAUUUGGGAUAUAUACUUUUCUGUGUGUCUUCGUGUGUAUGUACAUUAAUUUUUCACAUGCUUCAAUCAUUUUCGGAAUAGAUUCCAUUCAGGGUGACAUUUUCAAUAAAGACUGUUCAGAUCCGCCCGUGGAAGCCAGAGAAGAGAUGGCAGAUGUUGUGCUAACCGGAACAGUGAGAAAAAAGUCCCGGGAUCCCCGGAACAGGAAUUUAUAUUCAGCAAACGUAGAGGUGAAGAGGGUUAUGAAGGGCAAAGAAAGACUAUUUGAGGUCAAGGGUCUGACCUCAGUAAGGGGUCGCAUGGUGACCGUGCGAGGGUUUGGGGAUCCGGGGAUUUGUGAGAGUGACGUAAGAGUGUUCGAUACGCGUAUUCUGAUGCUGACCUUUGAGGACGGAGUGACCUUGAGACUUAACUCCAGUGUGAUCAGACUCUCAUUGAGGACCCUGAAUCGUGUGGAAUACGCCGUCAGAGGUAAGCGACAUUAUAAUGAGGUAGGGCACCAUUAA